GUUUUAUUGCUUUGAUUCGCCUAGCAAAUGCUAUUAAACAAAUUCCAGUUGAACGAGGUUUAGUUGGCUUUUGAAAUCACGCAAUAGAUUCUAUUAAUAGGCGUUGGGAAUCUUUUGAUAAUAUGCCAUUCAUAUUAACUUAUUUUCUUCAUCCUGAUUAUCAGGGUGAGGGAUUAAAACAAGGCAUGUGGACAAAAAUUUUGGCUUAUGCACAAGACAUCUGGAAGAAUAUGGGAUAUGACAUUAAUGAUCAAGAAAUCCUAAUUGCUCAAAUGUUAAAUUUCAAAGAUAAACAAGGUACUUACGCAAUACCUUUUGUUAAAAAACAUGUUACGCCACGUAUAUAG